AUGAUAGGUGCUGCUCCUCUUGUAAGGUUUCCGCUAAAGGACAACUGGUCGUUCAGUCAAGUACCCUCUGAACACUGCAAGGAUGUCGAGGAAUCGUGGAGUCAAUGUGAAAUCCCUACAUCAGUUCAUGUUGAGUUGAAAAAGCUCGGUAAGAUCCCAGAUCCCUACAAAGAUCUGAACGAGUGGAGGGUACAAUGGAUACAAGAAGGCGAUUGGGUGUUUAAGACCGCCUUCGAUAUCGAUGAUUCAACCCUCGAGAGCAGACACGUUGACCUAGUAUUCGAAGGACUAGACACUUACUGCUCUAUCACGCUGGAAGUCGCGAUCACAGAGAAUAUGUUCCUCUCUCAUAGAGUUUCUGUUAAAGACAUCCUCAAAGCGAAAACGAACCAGCUCAUUUUGCAUUUCAAAAGUCCAUGGCACGGUGCACGACAGGCGGAAGAGCACAAUGGCGGUCCAAUGCAUCUUUCACAAUAUGGCUGGGGAUGGGAUUGGGGACCUGUCAUGAUGACGGUCGGCCCCUGGAAACCCAUCCGUGUGGAGACAUACGACGUGCGGCUUGACGAUAUCCGCGUUGACGCGGUCUUGUCCGGUUCACAUUUUGAUCGCGCAAAACUGGCAACAAAGGUUACACUCUCCGAUAACACGCAGGACUGCUCGCUUGUUAUCACUCUUCUGGACACUGAUGGAAACGUCAUUCGAGCAGUUGACGGCCAUUCACCUUUCGAAACGCUGCAAUGGGACUUGGGUAGCGACGUCAAGGGGUGGUACCCGCGAGGCUAUGGAUCUCAGCCUCUGUACCAAUUAAAGGUGGAAUUGAAAAAUCAGGGCCUGGGUGGAUCUACUCGUUCGAGGGAACCAAAAUAUGCUUCGUGUCUGGGGAGGAGGGGUGUACGAAGCGAAAGAGCUGUACGAUACCCAUCGUAUCCCGAGCUCAACGCGAGCAUCAAGAUCGAAGCUGAACAGGCCGUUACGCGGCUUCGAGACCAUCCCUCCGUUGUCAUUUUCGCGGGAAAUAACGAGGACUACGCUUUGGCUGAAUCGAUCGGAGUCAUGGACUAUACCGAUAAUUCGGGUGACUACAUGAAGAGCAAGUUCCCGGCACGACAUAUCUACGAGGUGCUCUUACCCGAAGUCGUCGAGAGACUCUCCAACGUUUUCUACCAUCGAAGCAGUCCCUAUGGAGGAAAGGAUUCCAGCGAUCAGACUGUCGGAGAUAUACACCAAUGGAAUGUCUGGCAUGGGACCCAAGAGCCCUGGGCCAAUUGGGAUAAACUAGCUGGUCGAUUUGUUUCCGAGUUUGGCAUGCAGGGUUACCCAAAUCUUCGUACAGUCAAUGAGUGGAGUGACGACAAGAAUCAGCUCUUUCCACAAUCCAGAGUAUCGGUCAAUCACAACAAAGCGGACGGAUUCGAGCGUCGACUCGAGCUGUACCUGAUGGAAAACUUUCGUCACGCUUUUGACAUGCCCAGUUAUAUCUAUUAUACCCAAAUCAUGCAGGCGGAAUGCCUCGGAGCGGCGUAUCGUUUAUGGAGACGAAACUUCAAAGGUCGUGGCAGAGAGUACACUUCUGGGGCACUCGUUUGGCAAAUCAACGACUGCUGGCCGUGUGUUUCAUGGGCUAUUGCCGACUAUUACUUGAGACCAAAGGAGUUGAAACCAUACACGGUUGGGAUGACUCGCAAAGACAUCAAGACUCGACGAAACAAGACAACAUCUGCUUUCUUUGAUACACACGAAGAACUUCCAGCCAACGCUUCUACCGAGAUCUGGACUGGUAAAGUCCCGGGUCAGCUCGUUCGCAGUAAUGAUGCUCAAGUACCCAAGCCCAUUGUUGUUCACGCUCGGUUGAAUCUUUCCAGCGAGAGCAAUAUAACAGUCGCUCGAUUUUCUAGCUGGCCCGAACCGUACAAGUAUCUCACGGUCCCGGAUCCCGGAUUGAAGGUCAAGGUGCAGGAUGACAACGUCACUCUAUCGUGUGAGAAACCGUUGAAAGGUCUUGUUUUGGACGUGGAUGGGGAUGACUGUGAAUGGUCCGAUCAGGCAUUAGACCUAUUCCCUGAUGACGAUCAGGUGGUACAGGCAAAAGGUCUCAACGGCAGAUCGAUCACAUACAGAUACAUUGGAGACGGUUCUGCCUAG